AUGUCAAUCUUGCUGUUUUUAGAUGGCUCACCCUGGCUGGCAGAAGCUGGCAAUGGCGAGCCAACGAAGGCUCGCAAAACGCAAAGCGUAAAGUGUUGCUGGGACCUUUCGACGGAGGUUCCUUUCCUUCCCGAGUCUUCUUUCAGAGCCUAGAAUCAAUUUGUCAACGUUUCUCGUCCACCGCGGGACAUUUGGCGCAUCGACAUGGCGCGGCAGCCCAAAUUUCUCAUGAAAACGAAAACAAUAAUCAGCUGAUUUGAUUCUCGAAAGCACAGACCAGAUUCUCACGCGUAGUAUUACUAUAUAUACUCGACCAAUCGAAAACGUGGAACUGCUUCGAGGGCCCUCCGCUAAGGUGGCGCGCCGACACCAGAAUAAAAAGUGAGGCCACGAAAAACAGGCUCAUUGGCAAUCUCCCUACUCAUCUCUGAUACAUGGGUAUACAAUGUGGAAGAAGACAGCGCGCACUCCGCUCAUUAAGGGAUACACUAAACAAUUAAUAAUAAUACUAUGAGUAAUACAAGUCGCACGCGAUUGUGAGAAUUUCGUAGUUAAGAUAAAUCGUAGAGGUGCGCAUGCGAGUCAGUUUAAUGAAGAUUAACGAACGAUCAGGCACUGUGCGAGAUAAUUUCAGUUUAAUGCCAGCUGACAGUAGUUGGACGCUGUCGAGCGCGAUAUUGCGUAUCCAAUGUGAGAAUGCUGAUCCAGCUCCUCUUAAUGAAUUCUAUGGCAUCGGUCGCUCUUGGACGACCAAACUUUCUUCUGAUUGUCGUCGACGAUCUGAGAACUGCCUUGGGAUGUUACGGUGAUAAGAAUGCGUACACACCGAAUAUAGAUAAGCUUGCCGAACAGGGCGUCGUAUUUUCCCAAGCCUUCGCACAGCAAUCUCUAUGUGCGCCGAGCAGGAACUCAUUUCUUACAGGCAGAAGGCCAGACACUCUGCAGCUCUACGACUUUUAUAGCUACUGGCGUGAAACUGUCGGAAACUUUACGACUCUUCCAGAGCAUUUAAAGAAUAAUGGAUAUACGAGCGUUUCAAUCGGAAAGAUCUUUCAUCCGGGCAUUAGUUCCAACGGUUCCGAUGAUUAUCCGUAUUCCUGGAGUCGCGAGCCUUUCCAUCCGUACACCAAUCGCUACAAAGACGCACCAGUUUGCAGCAGAAAUGGGUCUAACUCAACCGAAGCAGCCCGUAAUCUGGUAUGUCCUGUGUGCCUAUCCAAUAUGCCCAACGGUACCUUGCCUGAUAUUGAAACGCUAAACGUCGCGAGAAAUUUUCUCCACCAGCAACAUCAUCAGAGCCCACCCUUUCUCUUGGCGGUCGGUUUUCAGAAACCUCACAUUCCUCUCAAGUAUCCGCAACAAUAUUUAAAGCACCAUCCAUUAAAGAAGUUUAGAAAUUUACCAAAUUAUUACGCGUGGCCACGUAACCUCAGUUCAGUGGCGUACAACCCAUGGACGGAUCUUCGUAAACGCGAAGACGUCGAGUCUCUGCUAUUGAAAUUUCCUUGGGAAAAAAUACCUGUAUCCUUCGCAAGGACCAUCAUUCAAUCGUACUACGCUGCGAUUUCUUACAUCGACGAUCUCGUUGGCCUGUUAAUGGAACAACUGACAACGUCGAGUAUACAGAAGAAAACCAUAGUAAUCCUGACGUCGGAUCACGGCUGGUCACUCGGAGAGCACGCUGAAUGGGCGAAAUACAGUAAUUUCGAUGUGGCCGUUCACGUCCCUUUAAUAGUUUCCAUCCCGAGUUUAAUGUUUGCCAAGUAUACCAAAAAUUCAAUCCGUAAGGAGCGUAACACACAAAUCAACAGCGAACUUCGUGCCACUGUAGAAAAGUCGCCCGAUCCUAUUCGUAAGUUCCGCUAUGCGAGCAUUGAGAGCAUGCUUCGAAAGAAUCGCGGGCAAUCACGUGAUAUUCGAGGAAACGCGCACGUCAGGCACGUAGAAUCGAAGAAAGUGAAAGGAGUACCGAAAAUUCAAAACAAAUACACGACAAUUGAUUCUCUGGUGGAACUCGUCGACGUUUUCCCGACUAUCGCAGAACUCGCAGGAGUUCCAAUACCGAUCUGUCCGAAAACGGAAUAUCAUAUGGGACACCGAAAAGUUUCAACAUCCCUGUCAAAUGUCUGCGCCGAAGGUGUUAGCUUUCUCCCUCUUAUAAUAAGAGCGGCAGGGGCCUACCAGGUGCAAAAUUUACGUUGGAAGAAGGCAGCGUUCAGUCAGUACCCGCGUCCCGGCGUGAUCCCAACAGUCAAGCCGAAUAGCGACGAACCGAAAUUAAAUGAAAUAAAGAUUAUGGGUUAUACCGUACGGACGAACAAAUACAGAUACACUGCAUGGGUGAAAUUCGCCCAUGUUUCGAAGAAACCGCAGUGGAAAGAAGUUCUUGCGGAAGAGCUGUACGAACACGAUGGGGAUCCUGAUGAAAAUAUAAAUUUAGCCAAUUUCACGAGCUUCCUGAAGCGCAAAGCACAACUGAAGACACUGCUAAUACGCGGAUGGCGGCAUGCACUGCCAGAACGGUUGCAAUUGCAAAGUUAAAAAAGUUUAACAGACUUGAAAACCCGAUAAAGGGCGAGGACCGAUCGAAAGACGAUUAAUUUCUUUAAAACAAAUUGACGAUUAGUCUUUCCAUGACUGUUGCGCAUGUUAGCCCGUUUAAAUAUACAUAUAUUAUGCUGUGCUUUACUGUUUUACGAUUAAUCGCGAUCGAGUCGGAAAGUGUUUACCUACGUUUAUUGUUACAUAUCUCAAUAAAUUCACUUUAUACACUACAAAACACAUGUACCGUAGUAAUAACAUGCACCUUCGGUUAACCGUAGGUUGCACGCUUCACCGGCAACGUUCAUAAUGAAAGCAAAAAAGAAAGAAUAAUAAUGAAUACUUAGAAAGGA